AUGUCUGGGACAGCAUCUUCACCGUUUGUUGAUAGUCCGUCGCGUACUAGAGACGUGGCCAAUGAAUACCAUCGAGAAAAUGCCAAAAUCAAUUCAGACUUACAAAUAUCCAGAUUAGAGUUCCAACUCAAAACAAUGCAAACUGAAAAGAAACUAUGGCAGCAAGAGCGACAAUCUAUAACUAGCCUGUUUGAGAGCGAAUUGGAGAAGAAAAACGAAGAGUUGAAGAAUUUAAAGUCAAACUUUGACUUUGUUUAUAAGCAGAAUCAAAAUUUGGAAUCGAAAGUGAAAAAUGAAAGCGAAACUUCUGGUAAAAAACUUCAAAACUUGACUAAAAAACUCGAGGAGUUACAAGCCAAGUAUGAUACGUUAAGCACCAAGUAUCAGAGCUUAACCGAUAAAAAUGACAGACUAAUACGAAAGCAUAAGCAGGUUACACCUGACUGGAAUAGUCAAAUCAAAAUCAAUGACGAUUUGAGUAACAAUUUAAAGGACAAGUCCAAGAUUAUUGAAAGUUUACAGCAGUCAAAUAAAGAGUUUGUCGAUAAGCUUGAGCAGUACACUGAACUCUUUAAAAACGACGACUCCUUAUACAAAAUAAACCAGAACUUAAUGAAUAAAAACGCUAAUUUGCAGCGUACAAACAACCAGUUGCAAUUAAAGAUUGAUCAGUUGCUUCAGAAUAAAACAUCAAAUGAGUUAUUACAGCAAAAAAAUAUAAGCUUAACAAACAAACUUGAACAGUAUGAAGAGAUGCGUGUCAAAUGCUAUAAGUUAGAGAUUGAAAAAGUGGAACUUGAAGCUCGUUUCAAUGAGUAUUUCAACACAUUAAGUGCGGGUAUAGUAGAUGGUGAUGGCAAACAAGGAAAAGACGAGGAGGAGGAUGAUGAUGAUGAUGAUGUUGACGAAGUAACAAAAACUAUAAAGGUGAAAAAUUUUGUGCAAACAUUCAAGGAUGUUCAGUCGCGAUCAUUGGCAUUGAGUGAGAAGUAUGACUCAAAAGCUCUUGAGGUUAACGAGUUGAGACAAGAACUCGAAGACUCCAUCCAUGUGAUUGAAAAUGAAUACUUGCCCACUAUCACGGAGUUACAGGAGAAGAAUCAAUCUCUCUCUACGCGGGUAGCUGGUUUAGAGAGAGACAAACUCCUUGCAUCGAAAGAAAUUGAGGCUUUGCGACUACAAUUGAAGGAAAUGGAAAAUUAUAUUAAAGCAAUCCAACCCACUAUUCAAAAUAACAUCAACAACCACCAAAACAGAAACCAAAACAAAAACAACAAUAAUGAUAAUGACGAUAGUAAUAAUAAUAAUAAUAAGGAUAGAAGUAGUAAUAGGAAUCCCUCCAUUGCUGCUAACACCACCACCAACAACAACAAACAAAUGUCAGAAUAUAUUACAAACUUGGAGAAACUAAUUGACGAUUAUAAACGCAAAGUUGAUGAGUUGCAAACUAAACUAGUUACUCAGCACGAAUUUGAUCCAAUGCCCUCUAAUAAACGACGCCACACCGAAGAGACAAAUCAAAACUCAUUCAGAAAAACUGUUGUUGACCUUGAAGCAAGAAAUCUUCUGCUUUUAGCAGAUAUCAAGAGUUUGGAAAUGGACAACAGGAUAAUGAGGGAAAAUUUGAGCAUCAAGAAGGUUGUUGACACCAAUAAUGAACAAAUCAAAAUCUUGGAAUUCAAAAAUAAUCUACUUGCUAAAGAUCAAUUUGUGAAACAGGAGACUUUGGAUGCUUUGAGAAAGGAAAAUGAGGGUUUGAUAGCUCAGUAUGUUACUAAGCUUUCAGGUGAUGAGCUUAUUCCAAAGGCGCUUUUUGAAAGGCAAGAAGAUGACAAAGCGAAUCUUCAAUUGCAAAUUGAACAUCUGGCCAAGAGAUUGCAAAGAAUGAAAGAAGUUUUCAAACAAAAGUCGCGCGAUAUCUUGGUCGUUAUUUCCAAGUAUUUUGGCUAUUCUAUAGAAUUCUUGCCAAGCACAAUCAACCAAAUGAAUUGUCUACUAGAUUGA